ACCUCCAGGCAUCCGUUUGGUGGAAUUGGGCUGGAUCCAUUUCCUUCGGUUCCUUCCAUUGCAGAUUUUAGAGCCUGGUUUUCUUGCUGCUGCUGGUCAAUUACGGGAUUUCACCAAGGCCAUCAAGGGGUGACUCUCAUCCUCUUGUCGCUUCGGCUCUCGCGAAGACUGGUGGACCCGCAGUCCUGGAAACAUUGUCUUGUCGUGUUUCCCUUGUGCGGGCUCGUGAUCUUCAGUUCCGCGCUUAGAUAUCGCGAGACGAAGGCGCCAUGGCGGACAAGACAAUUGCCGUCAUUCUUGUUGGCGGUCCCACAACUGGAACCCGCUUCCGGCCGCUCACUCUGAACGUGCCUAAGCCGCUCUUCCCGCUGGCCGGCAAGCCCAUGGUCCACCACCCCAUCCACGCCUGCCAACAGAUUCCGAACCUGGUGAACGUGUUCGUGAUCGGGUUCUUCGAGGAGAAGGAGUUCACGCCCUUCAUCUCCUCGCUCUCCGCCGAGCUGCGCGUCCCCAUCAGGUACCUGCGCGAGGACAAGUCGCACGGGUCAGCGGGAGGGCUGUACCACUUCCGCAACACCAUCCUGCAGGACGACCCGGACCACAUCUUUGUGAUCAACUGCGAUGUCUGCUCCACCUUUCCCCUGGCUCCCAUGCUCGACUCGCACAAGAAGCACGGUGGUGUGGGCACUCUGCUCUGCCGCAAGGUGGCGCCAGACACUGCGAGUGACUUUGGCGAGCUGGUGGCUGAUUCAGAGACCAAGGAGAUUCUGCAUUAUGCUGAGAAGCCCGAGACGUUUGUGAGUGACCGCAUCAACUGUGGCGUGUAUGUGUUCCGCCCUGCCAUCAUGGACAUGAUCAAAGCAGCCAUCGCCGAGGGAGACGGGGAGAACUAUGUGCGGCUGGACCAGCACGUGUUUUCAAAGCAGGCAGGGAAGAAGCAGCUGUAUGCAUUCGAGACAGAUGACUUCUGGGAGCAGAUCAAGACGCCCGGGCUUGCCCUGCGCUGCUCGCAGCUGUACCUGACGUACUACCGGCAGACCAGCCCGCAGCUGCUGGCUCCCUCCACGCCUGGCGGCCCCGCCAUCAUCGGCGACUGCUUCAUCCACCCCUCCGCUAAAGUGCACCCCACCGCCAAGGUGGGUCCGAACGUGUCGAUCGCAGCGAACGUGCGCAUUGGAGCGGGCGUGCGCUUGAAGGACUGCAUCAUCCUGGACGAGGUCGAGGUCAAGGAGAACGCCAUAGUGGUGUCGUCAGUUGUGGGCUGGAAGUCGGUGGUGGGGCCGUGGGGGCGUGUGCAGGGAAGCGGCGACCUCAAGUCCCGUCUGGGCGUCACCAUUCUUGGCGAGGAUGUAGCCGUGGGGAAGGAAGCGGUGGUGGUGAACUGCAUUGUGCUGCCGCACAAGUCCCUCAACACAAGCGUGCAGGAGGAAAUCAUUCUGUAGCCGAGCCAAUCCGAGCCGAGCCACCCAUGUGCACUGUACUGUGUGCUGCUUGCCUACCCUCUCCCAUCCCAACACACCUCCUCUCAUGGGCUAUAGCUGCGCCAUAUGCACCUCACGAGUCACGGCGCUUGUCUCGCAUAGCUGCCUGCUGUUGACUGUCUGAAAGCCGUGCUCAAGUCUCUCUGCAAUUGUCCUCUGGAGUUCUACAUGUCUUUCUUAACUGUACCAAUAACUAUCGCGAGACCUGCAUUCCGAUUUAGUUAAUAGUUUAUUGAGUCUCCAACUUGUUGCAAUUUCGCUAGAUGACUCAGCGGGGACGCGAGUCCAGCUAGCACUUACGCGCUGCGCCAUUAGAACCGCGAUAACUUGCGCACGUUCAGACACGCGCACGCUGCUCCCAAGAGACAUGGAUUCGUGCCAUGGUGUCCCUGUGUAGCGCGCUCGUGCACACCACUGUUGAGGCGCCUCAAACAUAGUCCCUGUGUAGCGCCCUCGUGCACGCCCUUGCAUACCCCCUUUCCUCCACACCGUCACUUCUGCCAGUCUCCCUUCAACCAAGUUGGUCUUGGCUGGACGUCGCUCCCUUAAAGCCAGAGACCCAAGUUGCAGAAACCCCACGGAGCACGCAGUCCACCCUUCCAUCAUGCAUUCAGAAGUACGAUAGCGAGUUGCUAGAAUCGAACACAAGUACGGCAUUUCUCGGCGCCUCGACACGGGUUAACCGUUGGAAAGUAGGGCGGAAAUGGUCUCCCCCAGACCGCAGAGGGGGCUCGGCGCGC